CAAACAGUUUUUCUACAUAGGAAAUAGAGCCGCCGGUGGAUUCUGGCACAGACGCUUGCCACCUGUGUCUGAACGGUUGACUUUUACCACCUUGAAGUCUUUCUGAUGCAACUCUGGACAGUAGCCCACGAUGAUGCAGCAGUUCUAUUUGCCUGGUUCCUGGUGUCUCUUAAACAAAAAUAUAUGCGUCUUUUCAGCUCUGUAGGUAAAUCUCUGCUCCAUUUACCAACAUUCAAAUAGUUUCUGGCAAUGCAGCAACAGGAAGCUGAUAGUUGCUUUAAGUGUUUUACUAUUCAAAUGAUUGUACUUGUACGUUGAACUUAAAGAAGUGAGAUGUUCAGCUUGAUGUUGGAGCUUCAUCGGACAGCAACGGGGGUUUCUGACUGAAGAGCAUCAGGACAGGUCUGACGAUGAAGAGUUCAGGACCCUUCCUCGUCCUCCUCCUCAGCCUGAGCAGUACUGCGUCUGGGCUGGGAUCAGUGGUGCGGAGGCAUUACUCGUACAUCUCAGAGUAUCUCACCUGGAAGGACGCUCAAAGAUACUGCAGGAACUUAGCUCCCAACACUGAUUUGGCCCCCAUCUUUACGCAGUCGGAUGCAGACAGCCUAAAUAUGGUGUUUUAUCAUGCGUGGACGGGUCUGAAAAAACAAGUUAACACCUUCUGGUUUUGGCUUUAUCCAUAUGGAUUCGAUGUCAACUUACAACAAAACCAGUACUGGUGGGGGGAACCCUGGCUACCCAGCGACAACAACAACUGUGCUGUCGUCUCUUACAACAACCAAAGGUUUUAUGCCAGACAUUGUGAUGGAUGCUACUUUUUCUUUUGUAUCGAGUACAAAAACUUUGGAGAUUACAAAUACACAUUUGUACCCCAGUCGAUGUCCUGGUCCGAGGCCAGGCAGUACUGCAUGAGGAAGAGAGACGGAUAUCUGGCAACUUUCAUAGAUGAUUCCGACCUAUAUUCAACCGUCAUAAAUCAGGACUUUCCAGUCUGGACUGGACUGUACAGAGAAGGGGGGACAUGGAGGUGGAGCACAGGGCUGUCGGAGUACAGGAAGUGGGCAGAAAGGGAGCCGGGGAACGACGACUGUGUUUCCAUCUCCUCGACCAGCAAACGGAUGUCUACCCAAGACUGCGCUGCUCGAUUUCCCUUCCUCUGCUUUUCAGACAACCUGGUCCUGGUGAAGGAGAACAAGACGUGGGAGGGGGCGCUGGAGCACUGCCGAGCCCUCAAUUCAACCUCCCAGCCCAACCUCCGCUAUGAGCUGGUCAGCGUGCAGCCUGGAGGAGACCACGACCACGUGAUGAGCAGGGUCAUGGAGGCCGACACUGACGAGGUGUGGGCAGGCCUCCGUUUCCUGGCCGGUGAAUGGCUGUGGGUGAACGGGGCGAGCAUGUUGUACUCGGACCUGCCCCUCUGCCCCCCCGUGGUGCAGCACUGUGGGGCCUUGUCCAAGAACAGCACCGGCAGCAUGGAGACCAGAGACUGUUCUGAGAAAAGGAACUUUAUGUGUUAUAGCACAUACUUUAUUUCAUUAGAUGGUGGUAGACUGUGA